AUGAGAUCACAGUAUAAUUACAGGGACAAGUAUGGUAAGCACUACAAUGAACCUGGCUAUCUUUCGGUCAAGUGGGCUGGCUGUCAGAAUUUGUAUGCUUUACUGCCUGCCAGGAAUGUUGUUGCCAUGUUUGCUGGAUCGUACGAUUUGAUUGGCAAACGUGUCCGGGAAGAGCCAUGCCGUCAGGCUUGGGAGGAGAUGGAACAUGACCUGGCCGUCCCUCGACCGACGUUUGACUAUGUUCCUGAGAAGUACAUUAAGAUAAAGACCUCUGUGUACCAUCCGAGUUGCCCGAAGCCCCGUCUUGAUGCCUGCGAAGAAAGUGACAGUAUGUGCGACUGUCCUCCUUCUGAUAGUGAUCGAUGUGGACCAAACUCUAAAUGCACAAACCGCGCAAUCUUGCAGGAGUGUCCCGAGGCUUGCGAAGCAAUAGGUGGUGGUUGCAACAACAGAGGAGUAUCACGCAAGGAAGUCAAUCCGGCUGUAGAGAUACGUGAGGCGCCUGGAAAAGGAAUGGGAGCGUUUGCAGUUCGAGACAUCCCUAAGGGUGCGUUCAUAGCUGAAUACGCUGGAGAAUUGAUAAGCCACAAGGAGAAGAACAGACGAAUCGCGGAAGUUACGGCUCAUCGAAAUGCGGAAGAGAAGCACUACAUGAUGGCAUUGGAUUCGCAGAGGAUCAUCGAUUGUAAAGAGAAAGGCAAUGAUGCGAGGCUAAAGCGACCCAAUGGUUUCGUUGUCAAGUAUGACAAGCGCAUAAUGAUCUACACUACCGAGGAUGUUCCUGCAGGUACUGAGUUGUGCUUCAAUUAUCAAAUGAUCCAGUACAACCUCGGGUGUCCCUUACCCGAUUGCAAAUGUGGCGCACCAAAUUGCACAGGAACUCUGGGUGCGACAACCAACGCAUCAGGUUUGCGUUCGCUGAAAUGA